AUGUCGGACCCCAACGCCACAAAACCUCGAGCUACCUCGGGGUUUGGCAGUGUGCUUAAGUCCAUUACAAGGUCUUUAAAGCCUGCGCUGGGGAAUGUUCCAGUGGUAAUCAAUGCCAAAGUUGUGGGUGGAGGUGCUGAUAUGCAGAAUCUACUAUUGCAACUUCAACAAGGCAGCGUCUCCAGUAGGGCUCAUGUUGCCUUCCAAAUCACAGAAGCACUCGGGAAGUACUACUUGUCGUCAAUUCCAGAAGUCUGGUACCUUGCACGGGAUCUCUGUAACCCACAGAACCAGAGUACUGUGAGAAGGGCUGCAUUGAAUCUUUUGAUUCAGUGUAUACGACAAGACGAGGACGCAGUUAGCAACAAGCUUAUGUUUUACACUGACAUUGUCAAGUUUUGCGUGAUAUCCGAGUCCAAGGUCGAUGAUGAGUUUGACCUCUUCCUUAAAGCCCUUCAAGCGCUCACAAAUGACGGCAGAGAUAUUCAUGACCUAUACAUUUACGAGCAGAACAAAAGCUUCUCGUCAUUUUUGCUAUCCGGGUUUAAGGUCCUCUCCAGCAGAGCUAAAAACUAUGUUGGGGAGGAGGAACGUCUGUUCUCGAUCGAUGUCACUUUCCAUAAUUUGGUGAAUCUCACAAACUUUAUGACCAACUGCAUUCAAUUCAACUAUUCACUUUCAGGGGACCAUAUGAUACCUUCGGUUCUCGAUUGUAUCGUCAACCUGAUUUGUUGUACGUCAAACUCUACCAUCAUAUCGCUGUACUUGAAUUUUAUUAAGUAUAGCGUUGUCUUGAUUUCAAGCUCCGACGAGGUCUAUCCCUCCGUGGUAAGAGUCCUUUGUUUUAUUUUUGCAUCACAUCCUCAUCUCAAAGACACCGCAGCAACUAUCAUUCAACAGUGUUGCGUUGAUUCAUUUGAAGUUGUCAUACAUACAUUGGGUUCAGUUAUAAAUCAUGCUGCUCCAGAUAUUUACUCGACUAUCGAUUCUGAGACUACCCUUAGUCCCAGUAAGCUGCGACUCGAUGAGAAUGCCCAAAAUAUCGCGGCAACUCUUGGCGCCAUCAGCGUCUUGGAACAUGUCUUUAAUCAAAUCGCAUCUGAGAAGAAGAUGACAGACGUAUAUUUUGCUAUAGACCAGGCUUAUGAUAGCAUAACUGACUCUCUUGAAACGAAGUCUGAUCUCAUAAACUCAGCAUUCCUCAGCAUGUUCAGCAGACUCUUCGAUGUCGAAGAUCGCCCACAAUCUAUCACCAAGCAGACAAAAUUCGCAAAGCUUUUUCCGUAUUAUCUGUGGUACUCUGCAUCUCGCUCAGUUUUCAACUUAUUACACUAUAUGGAUAUCAGGUCGGAACAAGAUUCUGAAAACUGGACCUCGAUUUGUGAUUCACUUCUCUCCAGGUACCAACAAGAAGAUCUCUUGGCUCCCCAAGAUGCUUUGGUUGAAUUGUUCAUGCUACAUCCCAAUUCCAUAAGUGACAAAGUAACGGCAUUUACCCUCGAAUACUUUAGGGAGGAAAAAUUGUGCUCCGUACUUAAUACCUUUUGGAAAGGAAACUGUCAAAAAUUCCUACAUGCAUUUCUAUACAACGAUUCACCAAAGCUUUCGCUCAAUAAUAAAAUGAAGGUUUUAAACACCAUUGCAGAGGCCAACGAGGAAUCCCUCGAGUUUUUUGGCGAUGGCAACAUUGGCAGAGUUAUUAUUCUUGAUGUACUAGAAAACAUUGCUUGGGAACGUGAUGAAAAAUUCAUUGAUUUUUUUUUGGGAGACUUCUUAUUUGAUUUUCUUUCAAAAUCAUCAUUUGACUUGCAAAAGCUGACUUUUGAAGUUUUAUCUUCCCUUCUUCACACAAAACCAAAUAAACUUGAACGUGAGAAGAGCAUUUUAACCACAUCCUCUAUAGGGUCCGGUCGCUACUUUCAGUCCGCACUGCGUAAGGUGUCUCUUGCAUCAGAAAAGAGCGACCUACGAUCUAAAGCUCCCAGUGAAAUAUUGUUCGUUCCUUUAUCAAAAACCUUGUCCAAGUUUUUGAUAACCUCUGCAUGUUCUGAUCCUAAAGCAGCCGUCGAGUGCUAUAACUACAUCAUCAAACUUCUCAAGAAUUGCCUUCAGGAAGUCUUGAUUUCUCCUCUGCUUGCUCUACUUCGAAGCUUGGUAAGGAUUCGCGUUACAAAUCAGGGGUUUGUUUACUUUACUGAUGUAACUGAUAUGGGGGGCCUUGCCAAUGCGUUCAAAAGAAGCUCAUCUGACCCUAAUUUCGAUAAAGACAAAAAGACUUUCUGGGAGUAUCCAGAGACUAUGGAGUAUAUCCCAAAACACAAUCUCGAUAAGUUUACUGUGAUCAAGGUGAGGGAGCCGGAAAACUCGAAUGAAAUGAAAAUGGCAGAAGAGCUUAUCACUCUAGAUAUUAGUCUCUGGUUUGACCUUGUGAAUACUGUCAUCACCGAUUUCUACCAUUGGGAAAUAUACUCCUUCGUGUGGGCUCACUACUGCUCUCAGGUCUCAAAUAUGGCUCUUUUUGAGAAUCAUGAGGACCAUAUACUUGGUUUGCUCAAGGUUGUCAAUGAUCAACUAAUGCUACACUUGCCCCGUGGCCACAACUUCCCAACAGAGCACACGAGCGUUGCUAAAUCGGAUCUUCAGGUUGCACUCAUUCGCAUGCUAUCGUCAUUGAUAGGCUAUCAUCGUAGCUUUAGUAAAGCGGACGAGGACCAACUAAUCAACGCUGUCAUAUAUGCCAUGGGUUCCUAUGAAAGAACUGCGAUCCCAUGUAUACAUAUAUUGAACAUCUGCUGCUAUGAGAUUCCACUCUCGAUAAAGAAAUUUCUAACGACUAUCCUCACGCGGUUGCAGACAAGUGUCACUAGUUCUUUCGCUAGUCCUCCAACCUUGGAGUUCAUGAUGUCUUUGACUAAUCAACCUUUGUUAACUUCGAGUUUAACAACGGAUGACUAUAAACGUUUUUUUGCUAUUGCCUUCAAAUACAUCCAAUACUCGUCCAUAUUAAGGAGCAAGAUGGCACAAAGUGAGGGAAGGAAUGUGAAUGUGGACAUUCUUCAGCAGCACGGAGUCGAAGCGGAGAUUGAGAAGAAAGCCUCAACUCAAAUAACACCAAUUACACCCAUAAUGAAUGAAUACCUCCUGCUUUUAUCUUAUAAGUUGAUCGCAAGAUUGUUCCUCACAAUCUCUUUAAGUGAGAGGAGAAAAUUGAGUCCAUUCUUAAUGAGAAAUCUAGUUGCUGCAAAUCAGGAUGAUGCUACCGCUGUGAAGCAUGAACCAAUCAUAGCUUUUGCUGACUUUAUUGUCAGAUUUGUUUGCAGUGACAUACCAUUGAAGGUGAUUUCACCUCCAAAAAGCUCUGGCGACAAGCAAAAUGAGCUAACCAAUAGCUGGAUUUUGGGUACACUGAUCAUGACAAUAACCACGAAUACGAUCGACGGUAAUUCGAAGAUUACAAUAAGAAGACCAACAAGUGUCUCUGUGUUGAAUUUACAGUUAGACCAUCUGAUGUUGCAAACCACAAUGCAAUCCAAUGGUAGCAAGAGAUUGGUCCUUAACUCUUACUUUUUGUUACAAUUGGUGGACCUUUUAGACGUUGACAAGCAAGUGAAGCCAAUACCAUUACUAGACGAUGCGGUCACCGAGAGAGCUAUUGGAGCGCUUGACAGAAUACCAGUUGUGUCAUUUCAUAAGGCCGGUAUAAUUUAUAUUGGUCCCAAUCAGAAAGAUGAGAAGGAUAUAUUCGAUAAUAACACUGGAUCAAUCAGCUACCAUCGAUUCCUAGAUCAUCUCGGUAAGCUCAUCAAGUUACAAGAGUCGGACUCGGUUUACGUCGGAGGAUUAGACAAAGAAGGAGGCAGCGAUGGAAAAUACGCAUACAUUUCGAGCGACACCAUCUCGCAAACGGUAUUCCAUGUUACUACGCUAAUGCCUAAUGUGGCUACCGAUAAGUAUCAUGCACUUAAGAAGAGACACAUUGGAAACAAUCAUGUGAAUAUCUUCUUCGACGAGUCUGGACAUGCCUUUAAUUUCAAUGUCAUCAAGUCACAGUUUAAUUUCCUAAAUAUUGUGAUCACGCCUCACACGGCUUUACAACGGACGGGAAGGUACGCGGAAUCCAAAGUCUUCAAGGUGAAGACAUUCCGGCGUCACGGAGUGCCUGGAAUAUUUUCAACUACUCACUUCAAAUUGAUCUCGGCUGAACAAUUACCCCUGUUUAUCAGAAAUACGAUCUUAAUUUCGGAUAAGUUUGCUCAGAUAUGGCAUAAUUGCAACAACGGAGAAUACAUUUCUAAUUGGCAACUCCGUGUGAGGCAAAUCGAGUCACUUCGAAGCAAGACAAUGCAGAUGCACAAAGUCAAUCAGGAGGAGCAAGAGAAGAAGGGCCAAGAGAAGGCGAACACAACGGACAGCGGAGGGAUUGGACAGGGAGCUGAUGCUAUUUCCAGCGAUAUGACAGCUUCUUUUUUAGAACAGCUACAAGGUGCCGUGGGUGAUCAUGAACAAGAAGAUCUAGCGCAUACAAGCAACUUUAGAUAUGAGUACGUUGCUGGAGACGAUCAUCAUGCCUAUCAACGCCUUGAGUUCGGUUCGUACAUCUAA